UUUGCAGCUGUUUCAAGCGGUACGUCUUGUGUGCUGUCCUUCACGAUGGCCUUGACAUCGUUUGCUGCCAUGCAGAUGUUCAAACAACAGUUGGCUGGAUCGGAGUACAUGACCAUUGUGGGGGGACUUCUCGGCAGUUGUGUCUUCUUCUUUAUUCUUGUUGGAGUUGGUAAUUUAGAAAGCACAAUGUUUGGCAGUCAUUUUCAGACCAAGCUUUUCCCAGAAGUAUUGUUCUGUCUGGCGGCAGCCAUGUUUGCCUCGGCCCUGGUACACCGUGUUUGUGUCACAACUUGUUUCCUGUUUUCCUUGGUGGCCCUGUAUUACAUAAACAAGAUUUCUUUAAACAAAUAUUCAGUUCCGGUGUCAGCAACUCCUGUCAAAGCUUCACAAGGCAAGAAGAGGAAAUAGACCUUAAAUUGUCAUCUGGUGUCAUAUUCUGUUUACACUCAUUCAUACUUUAUAGAAAUAAAUUUAUAUGUAGUAUUGAA